AUGGCUAAAUCAGUUUUGGAUGAAUAUGAUAAAAAUUUAACAAGUCUAGCUUAUAUAACAUCAUCAGCUGAAUUUCAAACACAUUUGAAUUUGAACGAUUCCAGUAAAAAGCGCACAACAGAUAAAUAUUAUGAACAUUAUCGUUCUUGUCUAAAAACAAUUGCUAUGGUUGCGCGACAUUUUCAAUCUUUAUUAAAUAAUAACCAUACAUCAUUACGUUGGUUAUUAUUGCGUACUCAAGCUAUUGGUGAAGCGGGCGAGAAUAAUACAGUUAUUAAACUUGAAAUACAAAAAUUAAGAAAUCGUAUGAAAGAAAUUUAUCAUCGAAAAUUUAUUUGGAAUAAUACACAAUUAAGCAUUGAUGAAGUACAAGAAGUACUUGGUAAACUUGAAUCACCCGAUGAUCUUCUUUCAUUAUGGAAUGCAACUUAUGAAGUGGCUAAACCUAUGCGAGAUUGUUAUUCAACAUUAAUUGCUACACAAAAUCAACAGGCCAAACAGAACCGUUUAACUGAUAAAACUGAUUUAAUAACAAAUAAUGAAGAACGUCGGAUCGUUGAACAAUUAUGGCAAGAAUUGAAACCACUACAUCGUCUAUUACAUGCUUAUGUAAGACAAAAAAUGGCCAAACUAUAUCCUGGCCUUAUUCAACUUGAUCAACCUAUUCCAGUUCAUUUAACAAAAGACAUAUUUGGUUCAAUGAUGACAUAUCUUGUACAAGAUGUUCUACCAUUUCCUCAUCUCAAAAACAUUGAUCUAGGACCAACGAUGAAACAAAAAAAUUUCACUGAAGAAAACAUCUUUCAUUAUGCUGAUAGAUUUUUUGUUUCAUUAAAUUUAACACAAGUUCCAAGUAGCUUUUGGAAUUUAUCAAUAUUUAAAAAAAUUCCUGAUCGUCAUAUGGCUUGUCAUCCGACUGCUUUUGACAUGUAUAAAUAUGAUGAUGUUAGGUAUGUUUAA